AUGGAUACAUCUUUCUCUUCUAGCCAUCAGUGGAAAUACCAUGUCUUUUUAAGUUUCAAAGGUGAAGAUACUCGUAAGAGUUUUACAGACCAUUUAUAUGCUGCUUUGAAACAAAAGGGCAUUUUCACAUUCAAGGACGAUGAAAAACUUGAGAGAGGAAAACUCAUUUCACUUGAGCUUUCAAAAGCAAUAGAAGAAUCAAUGUUUGCUAUUGUCAUUCUCUCAAAAAACUAUGUAUCAUCAACAUGGUGUUUGGAUGAACUUGUAAAGAUUGUGGAAUGCAAAGAAAAGAUGGGGCUUAUAAUUCUACCCAUUUUUUAUGAUGUGGAUCCAUCUGAUGUACGCAAACAGACAAAAAUUUAUGCACAAGCAUUUGUUGAACAUGAAAAAAGUUUCAAAGAGAACAUGAAGAAGGUUCACAAGUGGAGAGCUACUUUGAGAGAAGUGGCCAAUCUUUCUGGAUGGACUUUACAAGAUAGGCCUGAGUCAGAAUUUAUCCAAGAUAUUGUGGAAGUGAUAUUGCAAAAAUUAAGUUAUGCAUUCCCAAGAGAUACCAAAGAUUUAGUAGGAACAGAUUCUAGAGUGGAGGAAUUGAUGUCACUUUUAGCUAUAGGAUCGAACGAUGUUCGCAUUAUAGGUGUUUGGGGGAUGGGGGGGAUUGGUAAGACAACUCUUGCUAGAGUUGUUUAUCAUAUGGUUUUUAAUGAAUUUGAAGGUGGUAGUUUUAUCACUAAUAUUAGGGAAGUAUCUGAAAAAUAUGGUUUACUUCCUUCACAACAAAAACUUAUUUGCGAAAUUUUGAUGGAGAGAAGUAUCAAUAUACGGGAUGUUGAUGAUGGAGUUCUUAUGAUCAAGAAUAGGUUGUAUCAUAAAAGGAUUCUUCUUGUUCUUGAUGAUGUAAAUCAAUUUGACCAAUUAGAAAAGUUAGCCGGAGAGCAUAAUUGGUUUGGUUCAGGUAGUAGAGUUAUCAUCACAACACAAGAUAAGCAUUUGUUGAUAAGACAUAAUGUAAAUGGAAUAUAUGAGGUUAAAGGAUUGAAUGAUGAUGAUGCUCUUUAUCUUUUUAGUUUGAAAGCUUUUAACAACAGUCAUCCUAUUGAGGAUUAUCUAAAGUUGUCUAAACAAUUUGUAAAUUAUGCUAAUGGUCUUCCUCUAGCAAUUGGAGUUUUGGGCUCUUUUUUAUUCAAUAGAAGUAAGGAGGAGUGGGAUAGUGCAUUAGAUAGACUCAAAGAAUUUCCUGAAAGAAAAAUUAUCAAAGUACUUCAAACAAGUUUUGAUGGACUUCAAGAAACAGAGAAGGAAAUAUUUCUACAUAUUGCAUGUUUCUUUAAUAUGAAGGAUAAAAACUAUGUGGUAAAAAUACUAGAUUGUCUUGGCCUAUAUCCUUGCAUUGGAUUAAGGGUUCUCAUUGAAAAGUCACUCUUAAAAGAAUAUGAAAAUAAGCUUUGGAUGCAUGAACUACUACAAAAAAUGGGUCAAGAUAUAGUUCGUCAAGAUUGUCCUCAAGAGCCUGGAAAGCAUAGCAAAUUGUGGCUAUAUAAGGACAUUCACCAUGUGUUGAUGACAAAUACGGGAUCAGAAGUAAUUCAAGGCCUAGUCCUAGAGCUUCCUUGGUUGCCUAAAUUUGGUGAAUUCAAAAAAGCACAUUGGAACCUUGAAGUCUUUUCAAAGAUGUCUAAUCUCAAAUUGCUUAUAAUUCAUGAUGUUCACCUACUACAUGGCCCCAAACAUCUUUCUAAUAGCUUAAGAUUUCUUGAUUGGAGUUUAUAUCCUUCAAAAUCUUUGCCAUCAAGUUUUCAGCCAAAUGAACUUGUUGAACUUCACAUGUGCCAUAGCAAAAUUGAAAGACUUUGGAAAGGAAUAAAGCAUUUUGACAAGUUGAAGUACAUCAAAUUGAAUGAUUCUUUAAACCUUAUUGCAACCCCUGACUUCACUGGAGUACCCAAUCUAGAGAAAUUGGUUGCUAAAGGUUGUAUAAAUUUACGAGAGGUUCACCCAUCUAUUAUGGCUCAUAAAAAGCUUACUCUUCUUAAUCUUGAAGGCUGCAAAAACCUUAACAAUCUUCCAAGCAAGUUUGAAAUGGAGUGUCUUGAGAAUCUUAUUCUUUCUGAUUGUUCAAAAAUCAAGAGAAUUCCAAAAUUUGCUAGAAAUAUGGAACGCUUAACAAGACUUCACUUAGAUGGCACUACUAUUAUGAAACUUCCCUCUUCAAUUGAACAUUUGACUAACCUUGCUUCAUUGCAUUUAAGAGAUUGUAAAAAUCUUGUAUGUCUUCCUACCAUAAUUUGUAGCUUCAAGUCGCUUAAAGAUAUCAAUGUGGCUGGAUGCUUGAAACUUGACAAUUUGCCACAGAGCCUAUUGAAUGUCGAAAGUCUAGAAGAGCUUAAUGUGAGUGGGAUUACUUUUAGAGAGCCGCCUUUCUCUAUCAUUCUUUUGAAAAAUCUUAAGGGACUCUACAGUGCACCUAAAAAUAAAAGACCUCGGGCUGCCUGUAGACUUCUUAUUCCUGGAAGUGAAGUUUCAAAAUGGUUUAACCAUCAAAGUGUGGGGAAUAUAGUGAAUGCACAGGUUACUCAUUCAAAGGAGUGGAUGGGAAUGGCUGUGUGCUCUGUUUUGUCAUUCCACGAUCUUCAUCCAAACAGUCUUUGUUGUUUUGAUUGUUAUAUUGAAGUCAAUAAACAUGAAGUAUUGAGUCAAACUGAUGAAAAUGAAUUGAUUCAAACGGGGGUUAGAAUUCCAAAGUCUCACAACCCUUGCUUUGAGGUUAAGAAAUGUGGGUUUCGUAUGGUAUACAAGCAAGACAUUGAAGAUAUCGGAGAAAUGAUGGGUCAAAGCUGCAACAGUAGCUGCAUCCUUCAUUAUGAGGGUGUUGGUUUUACUCAUGAAUAUGAUCUUGACAAUUCAACAGUGGUAGGGGUAGAGGUUGUUAAAAGGAUAGGUAAAACUUUUCCGACAUUGGAUCCCAGGGCAGGGGAUGUGAUGCUCAUGUUGUUGAAGGAAAGACAAAUGGCACUUUCGCAGUUUGCUAAUUUGAUUGAACAACACAACGAUGAACUUCUUGAGCUUGGGACUUGGGACAACGUGAAGCCAUACGACAAGGCUACUAAUAUUGAAGUGCCAAUGGUGCCACGUCUAAUGCGAUACUUUGUUAACAUAUCCAUUGAUAUAGUUCAUUUUCUGCUUUAUAAAUUUUGA